CCCCUGUCAAAAUUUCUCAACGAGCAUCGUGCCCACCACACACUGGGACCAAGAAACAGCACAAGUUCUGCAACACUUCCUCCCACUCGAUCCGCGCUCUCGCCAUUUUUUCCAAACAAUGGCGCCCACCCCGGCCACGAAACCAGCCAAACGCCAAAAAAUCCCAACAUCGGUCGGCACCUUCACGGUGCUGCCGCUCGCCGUCCCCGCGCUGCCAGGCCUCCCCGAAUCCGUGAGCGGCGCAAACCACUACCUCUAUGUCCAGCCGCACAACCCGUCGCAGACUACGUCUACCACCGAUAGCAGCCUGUUUGUAGCGAAUGUCCCGAUCGAUGCGUCUGAGACGAACAUCCGCGCGCUUUUUGCCGAGCAGUUGGGUGGGUCGCGGGUGUCGCAUGUAGAGUUUGACUCUGCGAUUCCCGCGGCGCCUGAGCAUAAGCGGUGGAAGGGGAAUGCGCCGCCGGGCGCCAAGGCUGGGUUGAAGAGGAAAAGGGAGGAUAACGAGGUUGUGGCGGAGGGGGUGGUGGAAGAUAGCGAGAGUGCUCUGCCACGGACGUGGAGUGGGGAGGUUCGAGCGAGCGGUGGGAGCGCGGUUGUGGUGUUUGUGGAUCGCAAGAGUAUGGCGGGGGCUUGGAAGGAGGUCAAGAAGGUGGCUAAGGAGGGGGGAUGCUUGAAGUGGGAAGCUGGUGAGGCUGUGGGUGUCGAACGAUACAAAUCUCACUUCGCGCUCCAAUAUCCAGCGCCCACGGCCCUCCACAACUCCGCAACCAACUACCUCAUCCAAUUCGACCAAGUGCAAGCUCUGCGCAACCGUCUCCUCGCCAAAUCGCGCGCCGUCCCCGACGAAGACGGCUUUAUAACCGUGACGCGUGGAGGUGGUCGCACCGCUCCUGCAGCACGUAUCGAGCAAGCAGAACUCAAGCGCGAUGAGCUGGAGGAGAGAAAGAAGAAGAACGCAAUCAAGGACGACUUCUACAGGUUCCAGAACCGCGAGAAGAGGAAGGAGAAAGAGAAUGAAUUGCGGAAGGGCUUUGAGAGAGAUAGAAAGAGGGUUAUGGAGAUGCGGGAAAGGAGGGGGAAGCCUGUGCCUGAGCGUUAG